GCUUUGAUUAGUUUAGUUGAGAUUUGAGAUGAUAUGAUGCAACUUCCUAAACAGAAGGAGUCAGUGGCGAUGAAAACCCCAUCGGACCGAACCCAGUAUCCAGAUUCUCCUUCCAAUUGUUCCUGUGGGUUUCUAAAUAUCUCAAUCUCCUUCUAUAAUUCCCAAUUCAGCUAGCACUUUUCGUUUUCGUGUGAAGAUUGAUUGAAGAAUGGAUCAAUCCAUUGCAUCGCGGAAUACUUAAAGAUCUUAUAAGAAUUAUAAUCUUCUUGUUUUACAUUUUUGGCUUUGGUCAAUUCUGAAAACCUUGUGCACAAUUACUAUUGCAAUGUUCCUAUUAUCCAGAUUACGCUGUAUCACUUUGGAUGUUACUGGUACUCUCAUAGCUUACAAAGGGGAGCUUGGUGACUACUAUUGCAUGGCAGCCAAAGCUGUUGGACUGCCAUGUCCUGACUAUAAACGUGUGCAUGAAGGUUUCAAGCUUGCAUAUAUAGAGAUGGCAAAGAAGUAUCCGUGUUUUGGGUUUGCAGCAAAAAUGCCAAACAUUGUAUGGUGGAAAACUUGUGUCAGAGAUUCUUUUGUCAGGGCAGGGUACGAGUAUGAUGAGGAGACAUUUGAGAAGAUAUUUCGACGCAUAUAUGCUACCUUUGGCUCAUCUGCACCAUAUACGAUUUUCCCGGACUCCAUACCCUUCCUAAGAUGGGCUCGUGAAAAGGGUCUUAAAGUGGGGAUUAUAAGCAAUGCAGAAUAUCGAUAUCAGGAUGUGAUUCUUCCAGCCUUGGGUUUGAACCAGGGGUCCGAGUGGGACUUUGGUGUGUUUUCUGGUCUUGAUGGUGUAGAAAAACCAGACCCAAGGAUUUACACGGUUGCACUUGAGAAGGCUGGAAAUAUUGCACCAGAAGAGACUCUUCACAUUGGUGACAGUAUGCGCAAAGACUAUGUCCCAGCAAAGAGUGUGGGGAUGAAUGCGUUGCUAUUGGAUAGGUUCAAAACUCCUGAUGCUGAGGAGUGGAGAGAAUCCGGUGCUAUUGUUCUUCCUGACUUGGUGGCGGUGCAGGAAUUGCUGUCUUCAGAGAAGUCAACUUUUUAAGGGGCUUCUUUUCUGCUUGAAAUGCUGUCAUUUGUAUAUUAUUUUAACCAUUUGGUUGAUAAAAAAGGUGAUGAUAUUACUUGCCAGUUACUAGCUGGUUUCUUCCCCAGAGUUAUGUUCACCUGUCCUGUUUUCACACCCUAUGAGCGUCUAGGAUUUUGCUGCAAUUUAGUGGGAAAAAGGGUUGCAAUUUGUUUUGUUUUUUAUAUCGUUAACAAUGUUCUAAAGACUGUUUUCUUCCGGCAUAGUGGUUGGACGGGGCUAUUACGAGGAUCCCGUAUCCAGCAACCCAACCUAUAAAAAGGGCGUCAAAGCCCUUUGUAUAGGAUGGAGCUAUGAAGCUUACGCUAUUAUAAUUAAAAGGGGUCUGAAUAUGGAAGAUGCAAUUUCUUUCUUCAGUAUCUAUUUAAACAUUUUCCUCGUACGGAAAGAAGAAUGAAAGCAGGAUGCAAUCUUUAUCUAAAAAUGGUAGUAGUAGUCGCGUAACAAGCUUGUCCCAACCAGGUAGGGUAGUAGUAUGGCAGGGUACAGACAUCUGUUCCUCGUUUCGAGUUUUAAAUCCCUUUGCCCGUAAGCAGAAAAGCAAGCCCACUCAGUAGGCGGGACUGGGACUAUAAUAAUAUAGGCUGACAAAAUUUUCUCUUACCCGGUUCCUACUACUUAAAACUCUCAAAAGUCUUAAACCCUCAUGCCUCACCAUUCACCUCACUACUCCCAACAGUCAAUAAAAAAUCCUAGGCCUCGUAAAAAAUUUAUUAGAAAAUGCAA